UUGCAUUCGCCAAAAAUACAGCAACUUUAAAAUUCACGGUUUCACGAAGAUAAAUACAACAAAAGCAGAACUAGAUUUUGAAAACCAAGUCUUGUGGCUUAAUAUGACCUUCUUCAAGCUAGUUUUCGGGUAUGAGCACCAAAUACGCGGCAGAUUUAUUGUGUUGCCUAUAGAUGUGUCCACAGUGGCAAAAGCAACAUUAACAAGUCCGACGUUCAAGAUGAGGUUCAAAUUUGAACCGUACUUGAGGCAGAACGAGAAGUAUGACAAAGUCGUUGACAGUCGACUCAUAAUGGAAGCACAAAAUAUAACUUUCAAUUAUGGAAAUUUGUUCGACAACAAGCGACUGAGCGAAGACAUUGUAGCCCAGUUUAAUGAAAAUUGGGAAGAUAUUUUACGGUUCUGGCAAGCUGCUUUUCCCCAGGUGUACGUAAACGUGUUUGAGAAAAUAUUUAACGACUUCUUCUCCAGAGUCCCGGUUCAUGAAAUAUUUGAUGGAUUUUAGUUGGUUCCAAAAUUGACGAAUUAGGUUAUAAAAAUGUUAGUUAGUGGAGGAAAAAAUAUUUGCUCAACGAAAAAGCAUACAUCAAAAAAAUAUAUAUUAAAAAAAAUAUAUUA